AUGAUCACCCUCCUCGUGGUCUUUGUCGCUCUCAAAUAUGGCCUGGCCAUGCUUCCACCCGGACCUCCAGUCCCAGCCGGGGUCAACGUCUAUUUUGCUGGCGAGGUGGAUGAGUUCAGGAAGAUCGGACGACGGAGUGGCCCUGCAGUCGACCUUGAGGCGCCGAUAUCCGUGCUCAUUGUGCGACUGUCCUGCGGGAAAUAUGCCAUCUUACUAUCGCCAAAUUCGAACACUCCGUUCAUUGAUAUACUACAACUGCCCCUCCCGCAGAGCACGGUCAUUUUUCCUCAACCGGAAACUUUGACAGUACAAUGGGAACAUAAGCUCGGCGACGACCGUUCCUGUUAUCAAGUGACGCUCUGCAGUGCUCAGGAUCUUCGAGCAUUCGUCCAGUGUCUCCAACGCAACAAAGCAGAAGCGCCGUCUGAUGCAGACAUCAAGAGUGAUGCUGGGACCGAGGACGAGAUUGUCGAAGAGAUGUCAGACAUCAGUGCCAAUUUCAGGGCUUGCCUCGAAUAUGGUGCUUUCGCCGACGAGCUGACGUGGACCGACAUUCGCCAAACCUGUUGGGUUAUGUUCAUGGCUUAUCUGGUUUUGCGUAUCGUGUUUGCGGUUCUCGUAGCUAAUCGUGCACCUGAGGUCUAG